UGUCAUUUUUCAUGUUUGUAGGGCGUAGUUUAUGGAACCUGUGAAACUUUGGGGGUCGACCGAUAAACUUCCCCAUUCUCCCUCUUUGUAUUUCGUUAUCUCCUUAUCAUCUUUAGAAACGAACACCCUUUACUUUUCUCCAGAUACAGUAGAGAGAAUCGAAGAAAUGUCUUGUAAUUCAGUGACAUUAUCCUUCCUACAGACGUCUUGGGUCAAUACUAAACAGCAGCAGCUUGGCCAUGGCUGCCGCCUCAGAUCAGUUGCAGCAAUGACCCAUCGGCCUCGGCUUCUUGUUAUUGAAGCCAAAACCAAAACCAGAAGAGAGGACAGGACUGCCCGUCAUAUUCGUAUUCGUAAGAAGGUUGAAGGAACACCAGAAAGACCACGAUUGUGUGUUUUCCGCUCCAACAAGCAUAUUUAUGUUCAGGUGAUCGAUGAUUCAAAGAUGCAUACCCUUGCUUCGGCCUCAACCAUGCAGAAACCCAUCUCAGAAGAAUCUGACUACAGCUCCGGUCCAACAAUUGAUGUAGCAAAGAAGGUGGGUGAAGCUAUCGCGAAGUCCUGUCUUGAAAAAGGAAUUACCAAGGUGGCUUUCGACAGAGGGGGUUACCCCUAUCAUGGACGGAUUGAAGCCCUUGCUGAUGCUGCUAGGGAGCAUGGCCUGCAGUUUUGAAACUGGGGCGAUUAGUUUUAAGUAAUGCCAAUCUGUAAUACCUGUUCUUUUCAGUAUUUUGUUUUGUUAAACUUUGGAAGCGAAGAAGGAACAAAAUGCAGUUCAGAAACUGGAUGAUUAACUUUCUCUUCAUGUUAACAUAUAAUUCCAAGUGCAGAUUUCUAAUUGGAGAGGCCUAUUUUAAGGUAA